UCACAGUGUGUCCAUUGUCCAAAACUCAUCUGAGAAGCUGCUGCAGAAAUUGCUGCUCUGCUCCAAGCUGAUCACUGACCAGGGAGCUCCAGGACCUGCAGGAUGGGGGCAGCCUGCAUCAAAGUCACCAAGUACUUCCUCUUCCUCUUCAACUUGCUGUUCUUUAUCCUGGGAGCCGUGAUCCUGGGCUUUGGGGUGUGGAUCGUCGCAGACAAGAGCAGCUUCGUUUCUGUCCUGCAAACCUCGUCUAGCUCGCUGCAGGUUGGGGCCUAUGUCUUCAUCGCUGUGGGUGCCAUCACCAUGCUUAUGGGGCUCCUGGGCUGUAUCGGUGCUGUCAAUGAAGUCCGCUGCCUGCUGGGGCUGUACUUCGUCUUCCUUCUGCUCAUCCUCAUUGCACAGGUGACCGUAGGGGUCCUCUUCUACUUCAACACUGACAAGCUGAAGCAGGAAGUGGGCAGCAUGGUGAUGAACAUCAUUCAGAACUACAAGGUCAAUGCCAGCAGCAGCCGUGAGGAGAGCCUGCAGGAGGCUUGGGACUACGUGCAGGCGCAGGUGGAAUGCUGUGGCUGGGCCAGCUUCUACAACUGGACAGAUAACAUGGAGCUCAUGAAUGCUACAGAGAUCACUUACCCCUGCUCCUGCGAGAUCACACAGGAAGAGGACAACCAGCACAUUGUGAAGAAGGGGUUCUGCAAGUUUUCCAACAGCACCAUGGAUGAAAAUCUCCCGGAAAAGUGGCCUGUGCACAAGGAGGGCUGUAUGAAGAAGGUGCAGGUGUGGCUACAGGAGAACCUCGGCAUCCUCCUUGGCGUGUGUGUCGGUGUUGCUGUCAUUGAGCUGCUGGGAUUGCUCCUGUCCAUCUGUUUGUGCCAGCACAUUCAUUCUGAAGACUACAGCAAGGUCCCCAAGUACUGAGCUGCUGAUGUCCCCUCUGUCCUGUGUCUAUCCACCUUCAGCAUCCCAUGGGGCCUCUCUGGCUCUUUUUCCCAUGACCUGUGCUCCAUCUACCACUAAGGGCUCUGGCCCAUCCUGAGCAGGUUGGAUUGAGGACUUUCUGGGACUGGAUCCUUCUCCCUACCUCUCUGCCAGUAUAGAGCUCCGGCUGUCCUGCGGCUUACUGUCUAGGGGUCUGUUAACAGCUUGAAAUGGCUCCCAGUGUUACUGUGCAGGAUGGCUGGGUCCCCACCCUGAAGUCAUAUUAUAUUGUAGUAAAUACCAGGGAGGGUGAAUGUAGCACCCGUGGCUGCCCAGGGACAGGCCAAGGGAAGAUUAGUGCCCCCCACCGUGAUUAUACUUUUUGUGGGUUUUCCUGUGGGGGACAGAGAGAGUAGACAGCCCUUCUUCACACCUGACAGACCCCCACCCCCAACCGUGCAGUUCAGCAGGAGUUUGGGAGACCUGCCCCAGGCAGCUUCUAGUGAGCUCUACCUUGGUGAGGAACCCAAGUGCUUUGGGACAUGGGUCCCUCAUGUCUGGCACAGGACCCUGAGUUGUCUGUGGACCCUGUCCCCUGUCCCCUGGGCUAAGGGUGGGUGGUUGAGGCUGUGCCUUGCAGGGUGGGGGAGGGGCUCCAUGUGCUCAGCUCUGAAAUCAACUAUUAAAGGAGGGUUUGUAACAA